AUGGAUUCGUAUAAAGAUUAUUAUAUGGAUCCAGGAUUUUUACCCCAGAAAGUUACAAUGGCUCGUCUACGCGAAAUACUAGGAGAACAUAAUAUACAUUAUACGGGUAGUGAAAAAAAAGCAGAGCUUGUAGAAUUGUUUAAUAAACAUAUUCGACCGCUUGUACCAUCAUUACGAGAAAAGGAAGAAGAAUUGAAGAACUUUCGUACCAGAACUGAAGCAGAGCUGGCAAAAUCAGCAGAAAGAAAAACCAAAACAGCGCGGAAAAGAGCAGUUGCUUCGCCCGAGACUCCAAAAACCACUCCCAGGUCCUCUCGUUCAUCAAAAAGAACUA